AUGGCCAAUUAUCCAGACGUGGCUGCAUUUGACUUAGAUUAUACCGUCUGGCCUUGCUAUUGUGACACUCAUUUACAUGGUCCCUUCAAGCCGGUGAAAAGUAAAAAUGGCGAAGUACUCACAAUUAUUUGUAGAGAUGGUUACGAGCUCACAAUUUAUAAGGACAUUCCACGUAUACUGAGCGAUUUAAAGGAGAAUAAAGUUAAACUAAUGACUGCAUCAAGAACAUGGGCCCCUGAAAUUGCGCAGGAAAUACUGAAAAUAUAUAAAGUCAAGUACAAUGGCUCCUUACUUCCGUUGGCCGAUUUAUUUGACGAGUUUCAGUGGGGUGAGAGAAGUAAGAUCGGCCAUUUGAGGGACGGUUUAAGAGAUCUUUAUGGCACUGACGAUUUAAAAUCAAAAAAAAUAUGUUUAUUUGAUGAUGAAAGUAGAAAUAAAGAAGUAGAGAAGUUUGGCGUCAAAUUCGUUUAUGUAACAGAUCCAGAAAACGGACCUUCUUGGAAGCUUUAUCAAGACUACCUGGAUGGAAAGUGUUGA